UACAAUGUGGUGAUUUGCCUAUGAAGACACAGCAAAGGAGUGCUGAAUAGGAGCCUUCAGCACCUGGAGAGUCCUGCUGUCUCUGGCACACUCAGGAGAGACAUGAGUGUGAGACUGGCUUGGAAGAGACUCUCUGGGGCAGAAGGGGGAAAACCGAAGGCAGACUGAGGAGCUGGGUCUGUGCUUGAUUGGAGUUCUGCCUGGGAUUUUUCCUGGGGUCAGGACGGGAGGACUCUGCCUGCUGCCCUGUAGGUCACUGAUCCCUGAUGGACAAAGACCUCCUGCUUUCCUGCACUGUAGGGGAUGGUGAGUGGCCAGAACUAGUCUCCAAGACAGCUCAUGCCAGGAUGCUGAGCAGAGCUAAACAGCAGCCUCCGGAAGAAGAGAUGUCACACCUGGAACUGAUUUCAGCCAGAAACCAGCUCCCUGUACAAUGGGGACAGAGAACAGCUGAGCCCCAGGAGAGCCCUGUGUUCAGGGAAGGGUUCAAUGUGCAGAGAGACUCAAGAGGCCAUGAGGGCAGCAUGCAGAGUGAGGAGGAGCUGUAUAUAUGCACAGAGUGUGGUGAGAGCUUUAGGGGCCAACAGAAGCUCAGCAUGCACGUGGGGGCCCACAGGAGGGAGACGGCUUACCUCUGUACUCAGUGUGGGAAGAGUUUCGCCUGCCUGUCCCACCUGCUAGUCCACAUGUGCCUCCACACUGGGGAGAAGCCAUACCAGUGCACCGAGUGUGGGAAGAGCUUUAACCAAAUGUCCCACCUACAAGCCCACCAGCUCGUGCACACAGGGGAGAAGCCGUACUGCUGCCCUGAGUGCAGGGAGAGCUUUAUUCAACUCUCUGAUCUCCGAGUCCACCAGCGCAUCCACACCGGGGAGAAUCUAUUUCUCUGCAGCGAGUGUGGGAAGAGCUUUAGCCAACUGUCCUACCUUCAAGUCCAUGAACGAAAGCACGCUGGGGAGAUGCCAUACCAUUGCAACGACUGUGGGAAGAGCUUUAGGUACUUGUCCAACUUCCAAGUGCACCAGCGUGUCCACACUGGGGAGAAGCCUUACCGCUGUGCUGAGUGCGGGAAGAGCUUUAACCUCUCGUCCCACCUCCGAAUGCAUCAGCGCACGCACACAGGAGAGAAGCCAUUUCAGUGUGCUGAGUGUGGGAAGACUUUUCGCCACCCGUCCAACCUCCGAGUUCACCGGCGCAUUCACACCGGGGAGACGCCGUACCUCUGCGUCCAUUGUGGGAAGAGCUUCAAGCAGAGCUCUACUCGCAACAGGCACCAGCGAACCCACAAACAAGACCCUCAUCACUGACACAGCAGUUCCUGCCAGUUCUCCCCUCUCUUCCUCCCGACAUCCUGUUCUGUGACGUGGAGAUGGGGAAAGGCCCCCAACUUUGCAUUCCCCGGGUGCUGGGUUUGCAUGGCUCUGGGGAGGGAGAAAAGUGUCCUCCCAGAAGUCUCUUCAAUGGGCCACAUUUGGGGUUACAGGCUCCAGUGAGGGCAGAGACAAGUGGGUUUAGGCCUGUGCCUCAAGGACCCUGGUUUGUCCCAGGCUGUGCUAAGGGCACCCUUUGGUAUUACUUGGGGUGAGAACAGAAGAGUAUUUUGCAUUUUGUUAUGGUUCUUUGGAGUUACUAUGCUGCUUGUUUUUGGGAGUGGGGAGGAAUUAAGUGGGCUUUCUAGGGAGGGGGGCUUGAUGUCUGCAGUCCCUCUGAAGGAGGCAGGGUGAGGUGAUGGGAGUGGGGUGAGGGGGAUUAGUAUAGGGGUGGGGGUUGUUGAGGGCUCACUUGUCAGGGUGAGAGUGGUGUUUGGGAGGCCUAGGUGGGUUAGUGGAAGGGUUUCCUUGUGGAAAGGGGGGAGCUGCAGUUCUUGAGAGCUCAAGAAAUCCUGUUGUUUGGUUGUUUCUUGUAAUUUGCCCUGAGCCUCCUGGAUAGGGCAGGAUGGACAUCCUGCCCUAAAUAAAUACAUGAGAAUACUCAUC